AUGUCCUCCCCACCACAGCCGACAUGCAGCAGCUCCUCCUUUCUCGAUGCCUUCAACUGCGGAGCGGGCACGGCGUUGCAAAGCCAGUCGAUAACAGCGAAAGCCUUUCUCGCCGCAGUAGCUGGUAGCUUAGUUUCGUUCGGAGUACAGACCUUGAUCUUUCUGCUGCUACGGAGACGCCUAUCUCGCAUAUACGGUCCGAAAUCGUUCUUGGUGCCGGAGCGAGAACGCGUACCAGCUCCACCAAAGGGCGUGAUACGAUGGCUGGAACCAUUAUUCACAACGCCGAACCUGGCAGUCAUACAGAAGUGUGGUCUCGAUGCGUACUUCUUUCUGCGAUACCUGCGGAUGCUGCUCAAGUUCUUCGCGCCUGUGGCUAUGAUCCUUCUUCCAAUACUGCUGCCGCUGAACAGGUAUUCUGGUGGCAGUAGCAAUGGACUUGAUAGGCUCUCCAUCUCCAACGUGGCGCCUGCUUAUGUUGGAAGCCGGCUAUGGGCACAUCUAAUUAUGGCUAUCGGCGUAAUCAUGUGGUUCUGCUACGUCGUCUACAAGGAAAUGCGCGGUUAUAUCAGAGUCCGACAGGCUUUCCUGACCUCGCCGCAGCACCGAAUCCGGGCUUCGGCGACUACUGUGCUAGUGACGGGCAUUCCUCGCAAAUGGUUGACACUGGAGGCCCUCUCAGGCCUAUAUGAUGUGUUUCCGGGUGGCAUAAAGAACAUCUGGAUCAACCGCAACUUCGAUGAGCUAGCAAACAAGGUGAAAAUGCGUGACAAGUAUGCGAAGCAACUAGAAUCUGCGGAAACGAACCUGAUUAAGCUCUGCUUGAAGAAGCACGAGAAGGAGAAAGCGAAGAAGGAAGGACGCAAGAAGCAGACGAAGCAGCAGAGGAAACAGACAAUUCAUGACGAAGACACGGCUGCGCAGCGCAUGGCACAGGGUCGAGGCAUUAGUGCUGGUGAUCAGCACGAUACGCCUCACGGACUGCAGGACAUCCUGCACGAGGAGCAGGAGCAUGAGGAGAAGCAGCACGAGCACGAACUUGAAAAGCGUCGCCACAAGGCUCCAGUUCCAUUCGCCAUCAUGAGCCAAGGCUUGGACAAGGUCCGCCUCGGAGCGGUGAACCAAGGUCUAGACGUCGUCGGGCACGGCCUUGGCGCUCUUACUAAGGGAGUAGGUGCGCUCGGACAGAGAGUCGUCGGCGAUGUUGAUGCUGGGCUUCGCAGGGUCGGACACGACUUUGACGAGACUACUGAGGCCGCAAACCGUGGUUUUGGCAAUGGCUUUGCGUCACCCAAGAGUGAGACCACAGUCGGUGGGCCAGACAUACAUGUGACGCGGCCAUCUGUCGAGUCGAAGCCGAGGUCUCAGAUGCAGAUUGAAGAGCCGCCACCGCUCCCGCCGAGACAUAUGACAUGGAAGCUCUGGAAGAACAAUGACAAGUCGCUGGAACUUCCUUCGCCACAGCCGCACACCGCAGACGAGGAUGAGUUUCCACUCAACGCAAGCGCAGUCAAAGCCAACAUCCCCGCCCAAGAUCCGGCGAAGAGGCAGGAUUCUGGCUUCUCGAGCAGUAAGUGGGUUGAGAAGUUGACUUUCUGGAAGAACGGCAACGAGGCUGCGAAGCCGGAUUAUCCGACUGCCAUCGACAAGGAGUAUGAUGAAGAUAAGGGCGGAGAACCUUUAUGGCGAGUCUAUAUUGAGCAGAAGGAUCGGGAAACUGCACGGCUGCCCGUAUUCUCUUGGUUCAUCAGCCUGCCCCUCAUUGGAAAGAAAGUCGACAAGAUUUACUGGUUACGGCGCGAGCUUGCUCGUCUUAAUCUUGAGAUUGAAGCGGACCAGAACGAUGUGGAGCGCUUCCCGUUCAUGAAUAGCGCCUUCAUCCAGUUCAACCACCAGGUCGCCGCGCAUAUGGCUUGCCAGUCGUUAUCACACCACAUCCCGCAAAGCAUGGCACCCAGACUGAUUGAGAUCAGCCCCAAUGACGUUCUUUGGGACAACAUGUCCAUCAAGUGGUGGGAGCGAUACCUCCGGACAUUCAUCGUGCUGGCCAUCUGUCUCGGCCUCAUCGUGCUCUACGCCGUACCAGUUUCUUUCACUUCCGCGCUAUCUAAGCUCGACACCCUAGGGUCGACAAUUCAUUGGCUCGCUUGGGUGAAGAACCUACCCCAAGUCGUGAUAAGUAUAAUUCAGGGUCUGCUUCCACCCAUUCUGCUGAACCUUAUACUCCUGCUGGUGCCGAUAAUCUUCCGACUCUUGGUCAAGCUGCAGGGCGUUCCAACUGGCAAUAUGCGCGAACUUGGCGUCCAGAUGUGGUAUUUCACCUUUCUGUUCGUCCAGGUCUUUUUCGUGGCAACGCUUGCCAGUGGCUUGUCUGCCUUCUUCACCACACUCGCCCGGCAGCCACAGGAGGUCAUCAAGUCUCUGGCGUCGUCUCUGCCGAAGGCCUCGGACUACUUUUACUCCUACCUUCUUGUGCAGGCUCUUUCCAGCUCCGCAUCGACGCUAUUGCAAACCUUUACACUGAUCUGCUGGUUUGUGUUUCCCGCACUGUUCGACAACACGCCUCGUGCAAAGUGGCAACGUCAGACUACGCUCACGAGCAUUCAGUGGGGCUCUUACUUCCCAACUUUCACCAACUACGCUGUAAUCGGCAUCAUUUACAGCGUCAUCUCACCGUUCAUCCUCAUUUUCAUGAUCAUCAUCUUCGGUCUCUUCUGGAUCGUUCAACGGUACAAUGUGCUCUACGUCACGCAGUUCCGCAACGACACGGGUGGCUUGCUCUUUCCCACGGCUGUCAACCAACUCUUUACCGGCGUUUACUUCUUGGAGCUGUGCCUGAUCGGCUAUUUCUUCAUCAGCACGGACGAGCAAGGCAGUGCCGUCUGCAUACCGCAGGCCGCAAUCAUGAUCGUUGCGCUCGUCUUUACUGCGGUAUACCAGUGGCAACUCAACCAGUCCUUCAGCCCACUGUUUCAGUUCCUGCCGAUUACGUUGGAAGAUGAAGCCGUCAUUCGUGACGAGGCGUUCGCCAAGGAGCAGGCGAGCAAGUUCGCGCCACUUCAUCAAGGUCAAGACGGUGCAGGAGACGAUCAGGACAUACAAGAUAUGCUCGAGGAUCGCGAACGAGCUGAAGAAGCAGCAGGUGAUGCGCUGUCGGAGAAGGAUCGGCAGACUGCGGUAGAGCAUAGGCGCAGCGCUCAUGUGUCGACCGGACCUACUGGGGAGCUGUCAGCCUCACCAUCCAACACGGAUGUCGCUCACGAGCAAGCCGCCAAGCCAACGUGGAAGACGGAUCGCUGGCGAACAGUUGCUCCAGAGGCUCUAAACUCACGGCAAGACGUUGAGGCGCAACACGAAAUUGGUGACGCGCUUUAUUCUGGCUUUGCUGACGAGCUAGAGGACCUGACGCCUCAAGAGCGUGAUCUGCUCGUUCGGUACGCGUUCCAGCAUGCUGCACUACGAGCGAAGAGGCCUGUAGUGUGGAUUCCACGUGACAGGCUCGGCGUCAGCGACGACGAGAUCAAGCGGGCCAAGAAGAUGAGCACGGUCGAGAUACCGGCAACGCUGGAUGAGAAGACUAAGGACAAGACGGGCAUGGUCGAGAAGACGAACAUUUGGAUCUCGAACGAGGGUACGGCGUUGGAUGGCAAAGGGAAGGUCGUCUUUGGCAGAAAUCCGCCCGACUUCAGCAAUGUUGACUUGAUCUCGCUAUGA